AUGUAUACUUCAUCAUCCACAAGAAGACCCAAAUGGCACCACCAUCCACCUCCUCCUCCAACGCCAAGAAUCCUUCACUUCCCUCGCCGUCCCCGCCGGAGACUCCUUUCAUCCUCCUCGUCCAUCCGGAAUGACCUCAAAGCCAGCAAUAGUACUAACAUGCUGGGGUCUUUGUUUGAUAGAGAGAAACGCGCACCUCCUGCUGAAGCUCCGGUGAGUGUUCCUGUAGUGCUGUUGGAGGAAGAGAGGAGGAGGGAGAGAGUUGUUGUUGAGAGUGGCGAUGGGUUGGAAGAAGAGAAGUGGAAGUUUCAAGCGGAGAUGUUGAGAGCGGAGUGUAAUUUGUUGAGGAUGGAGAAGGAAAUUGCUGUUAAGAAGUUGGAGAGGACCCGUUCGAAAAUGGAACGGACUUUAAGAUCUGUUGUUCAUACCCUUGUUUCUGGGAGAAUAAAGAUAUGUGAAGGAAAGAAUAUUGACAUGGUUUUGGAUGAAGAGAUUCAUGAGUUGACAGAGAAGCUUCAGAAGCUGCAAAGGAGAUCAACAGUUAAGGAGUUUGAGAGAAGGAAGAGUAGCAGAAAUUUCGAUAAACAAGUUUCGGUUCUGCAGAGACGCCUCCAGAAGAUUGGAGGACCGUCGGAUGGAAUAUAUUUAAGGGAGUUUGAAGAGAUGGAAAAUGUUAGAUUGUUAGUUAGAAGAAGUGGAAGAUUUGAUGAUAGUGUUGUUGCAAGUGGGAAAUUGAAUGUGGAGAUUCUAAGAAGGAAAAUGGAGGGAUUGUCAAAGGGGAUAUUAUUGGAGAGAAUGGAGGAAGAGUACAAUUCACUGCUGUCCACUGCUAGUAGCUCUCUUGCUAGUUCUGGUUCAACUUCCAAGAGAGUUGAAUUUCAACUACCUCACCAGGAAAAAUUGUCAUGUGAAGGGAACAUGUGUUCAGGACAUUGCAAGACUAUUGUAAGAAAAAUAGUGGAGCAAGUUAGAGUUGAGACAGAGCAAUGGUCACAAAUGCAGGAGAUGCUUGGUCAGGUGAGGGAAGAAAUGGAAGAACUGCAGGCUUCACGAGAUUUCUGGGAAGAUCGCGCCUUGCAUUCCGAUUCUCAAAUGCAAUCUCUACACAAUGCAGUGCAAGAGUGGAAACAAAGAGCUCUUUCGUCCGAAAGUAAGAAAAAUGAGCUUGAGGAGAAACUUUCCAUGCUCUGUGGUGAUCUCGAAAGGUUUAGGAGCGAACAGAAUGCAGUUAAGGAGACUAAACGUUCAUCGGUUCCCUUGGAUACUCAGAACGAGUUUGAGAAGCGUAUAGUAGUUUGCAGCACAAAGGAAAAUAUUAGUAAUGUUGCAGAAAACAGAAAACAUAGUGAGAUUUUAAGGAAUGGAGAAAGAAAAACACAUACUACUAGUGCUAGAGGUGGUUUAGUAGUUCCAAAGCGAUCUCCGUUUCGCGACAUUGGGAACAACUCGUCGUUGUUGACGAGGCAGCAGAAUGCCAAAGCAGUUUUUCCUUUGCAUUGCCACCUUUCUUCAAAUGCUGAGAAAACUUAUCGCUUGAAUGAAAGGUGA